UAUGUGGUAUGUGUUUUGAGCCAAGAAUUCACAGAUGGUUGCUUUUCGCAUGGACAUAUGAGCUGCUUAAUACUAUGCAUGUAGCGUAAUGUUAAUUUACAACUGAGUUAGGACUGUUGUUUUUCACCAGUUUAAAUAACAACCACCACAAGCCGGAAAUUUUGUUACUUAUUGUGUCGAGUAUAUGUGCAAAUAAAACAGGCUACGUUGCUAAUUUAGCUCUUAAAACGGAAAAAUAUAUACUUCAACAAAAGCCUUUAUCGCUCAGUUUAAUAAACGCCUUACCAGUUGAGUGAACUAUGUCUUUACUGCCUUAAGGCAUAAUGUAACGUUAUAUUUCCUGUCUGGCUUGUUAAGUCAGGAAAAUUAUAGAUUAGCAUUAUCCUUUGUUACCAAGCGUAACGCUGCAUUGAUUGGUUGACUGAGAGAUCGGGGAAGUAGGAGAACAAAAAUGGAUGAAAGCGGUAAGAGCACUGACAACGACGACAUAGUCAUUAUCGUGGAAAACGAGGCAGAAAGUUUGCCAGCAGAAGAAGAGAGGCUGAAACAGCAAGGCACUUUCGAGCUCAUGGACACUUGUCCCAUCUGCAAGUUGAGCUUCCACAACAGAGAGCCCAAACUCCUACCGUGUCUUCACUCUUUCUGCAAGAGGUGUCUCCCUACUCCCUUCAGGAGUGCUGACCCCAGGCGUGACUCACAAGGUCCAGUCGACAACAAUAAACCACUGGGGGCAAUUCGAUGUCCAGUAUGCAGACAGGAAUGCUGGGAGAUGGAUGUGUUGGACAAUUUCUUUGUCAAGGACUCUGCCGAGGUGCCGAGCAGCACUGUGGAGAAAACCAGCCAGGUGUGUAUGAGCUGCGAUGACAACACGGAGGCCACAGGUUACUGUGUGGAGUGUGUGGAGUUUCUGUGUGUGACAUGUAUUGAGGCGCAUCAAAGGGUCAAGUUCACCAGAGAUCACACUAUACGCCAGAAGGAGGAGAUGUCUCCAGAAGCAGUAGGUAUUUCCACACAAAAGCCGGUCUUUUGUGACAUCCACAAGCAGGAACCGCUGAAGCUGUUUUGCGAGACGUGUGACCGACUCACCUGUCGAGACUGUCAGCUUCUUAAGCACAAGGAUCACAACUACCAGUUUUUGGAGGAUGCAUACAGGAACCACAGGCAGUAUCUGGAGAACAUGACACAGCAGUUGCAAGAGAAAAGAAAGGUCAUCGAGGAGGCAUCCAGCUGUAUCAACACUGGACUCCAGCAAGUUGAUGAAAACCGGAAGUCUGUAACAAAUGAAAUAAAGAAGUCCAUCUGCAACUUGAUUAUGGAGAUUAACAGGAAGGGAAAGAUUCUGGUUAAUCACCUUGAGGCUCUGACUAAGGACCAUGAGAUCAGUUUGAAAAAGCAGCAAGAUGACGUAAACUCUCUGACCAGGCAACUGGACCAUGUCAUCAGCUUCACAAAAUGGGCCACAGCCAGCCAUAGUGGAACAGCCCUCCUUUACUGCAAGAGACUGAUCCUUUUUCAGAUCCAUUACCUGAUGAGAGCAAGCUGUAAUCCCUCUAUCAUCCCUCAGAGUACUGUUCGCUUUCAGUGUCGCUCUGGUUUUUGGGCCACAAAUGUAGAUCUUGGUUCUCUGGUUGUAGAAAGGGGCCCAGGCCGGCCACCCAACGCCAACCACCAGUCAGGUCCGAGAGCAGAGGCACCCACUGGAGGCCUCUCAGCUUCAGCAGCUUCAGCAGCUCAGCAGCGACAGAGCACGUUGGCUCAGCUCCAGAUGCAGGUGGACAAACUUUCCCAGCAGCCCCACAGGCAGCCCCCUCCUAAUCACUGGUCCUGGUACCAAAAUGUCAGGCUCCCGGGACCCCCUGGCCCUCCACCCCCAACCAGACCCAUCCAUGGUGGGUCCUCCCCCUCCCAAGUCCCCCCCAACUUGAUCCAGCCGGGGCGCAGAUACGGAAACUCUCAACCCAACACUAGAAGCCCCACAUCGUCCAUGCUACACAGCACAGGCUUCCCACCUGCUCAGUCUCUGAGAGAUCUGAUCCAUAGCUCCAGCUUUCCUCCUAAACCCAUGGAUGUGUUGCAGGGUGUGUCCCGCUACCCACAGCCUCUGUCCGCCGGAGCAGCCACACAGACGUCUCUGCAUCAGCGGGGCCUGACGGAGUCCUCCUUCCUGAAGAGGAGUGAGCCUGGUGGGUCUGUGCCCUCCAUCACCAUCUCGAUCCCCAAACCCAGCUUUGCACCAAGUGUAGCUCCAGCAACUGCAGACAAAACAAGCACGCUUAAUCAGAAAACAGUUCAAGCAAGGCAGAACUCUCCGAUAGCCAAGCCGUCUUCUUCAGACAGAAGCACGGGGACGACUUUUUGGAAGCCGACUUUUGAGACUCCGUCUGCCCCCUCAGCCAAGCGACGAAGAAGGUCGUCCCCUGGGCCCGUCAUCGUCAUCAAGGAUGAACCAGAGGACGAGGAUGAAGUUCGUUUUGUGCAGUCCAGUGCUGGCUCCAGCCUGCCCGACAGCAGCACAGGGGCCCAGUCGAAGCCACGGCAGCAGCUGAAGGUGCCGGCCCCAGCACCGGUGCCUGGAUCGGAGUCCAAAGCUGGGAAUGAGCAGCGUCCUCAGUCUGCAGGACAGCCGGAGUCUGAAAAGAGAGCGGAGCCGGAGGAAGAUCCCAAUGAGGACUGGUGCGCCGUAUGUCAGAACGGAGGGGAGCUGCUCUGUUGUGACAAGUGCCCCAAAGUUUUUCAUCUGGCCUGCCACAUCCCCACUCUGAAUGAGUCUCCCAGCGGCGAGUGGUUCUGUUCGUUCUGCCGAGACCUCGACUGUCCUGAGAUGGAGUACGACUGCGACAGAAAAGAUGACUCCGUCUCUGAAGGAUUCACACCUGCUGAUAGAAGGAGGUGUGAGAGACUGCUACUGCGUCUCUUCUGCAAUGACUUCAGUACCGACUUCCAGCAGCCUGCAUCUCCAUCAGAGACACGAAGGUACAAAGAGCUGAUCAAAACCCCGAUGGAUUUGUCAAUAGUGAAGAGGAAACUGGAGUCAAAGUCAAAGGAAAGUGAAUGUUACAGUGGCCCAGAGGGGUUUGUUGCUGACAUCAGGCUCAUAUUUUUCAACUGUGCAAAGUACUACAAGGCCACCUCAGAAGUGGGAAGUGCGGGAUUGUACUUGGAGGACUAUUUUGAAGAGCAGCUGAAACAAGUCUAUCCUGAACGGGUCUUCCCUGGAGGGAGAGAGGAACAGAUGAUCCCGCCUUUGGAGGACGAGAUAGAUGAAGAAGAAGAGGAGAUGAUAGAGGAAGGGAGCAUGGCUCCCCUUGAAGAUGACAAACCACAAAGCCCUGGGGGAAAAGGCAUCCCCCCUUUAGAAGACUUGCAUGCUUUGGACGAAAAGGAAAAAACAGAGAAGGGGAUCGAUGUAAGCGAUAAGGGGCCAGACAAAAAAUUGGAAACCUCUGAAGGCCGCAGGCCUCCUGCAGAGGAAGUACAGCAGCAAGAGAAAACUCAUGCACAAGAGGUGAAAAGCUCUGCCGCUGCUCAUAGUGAAACAAAAGAUGAAGACGCUCCCCGCUCCCCAAAAGGAAAGAACCCUCAGAAUGUAGAUCCACCUGAAACCCAGGAGAAGGAACCAGCUCCUGCAGACACAGCCAAAGAGGAGAAAGGAUAGAUGGAUUACAUCAGAGAGAAUCUGUAGGAAAGAUGGAUGUUCUCAGUCUUCCACAGAAGUGGCCCCAGUGGGGACCUACAUUUGCUGCAGUCAGACAAUGUUUUAAUGUUUUUGUAUAUUUGCAAUAGGGAAAAAAUGGUACUGCUCUACUAAACAGACUUAUUUAGUAGUAUCCAUCCUAUAGAUGCACAAUGAAAGGAAGCAAAUAAAGCUUCUUUUUUGUUUUUGCUGGAGAGGUUACAAUUUUAAUGUAACGUAGAAGGUUGUUUCCUGCGAAAAGCCCUUAAAGCCUCCUCAUUGUCGAUAGGAUCGCGUGUUACCUUGCUACAAGUUACUUACACAUAACAAGGCCAUGAACUGAAGGCACAAAUGCUGCAAUCGUAAUAAGAAAAAAAAAAAAAGAUUUUGGAUCAGCAAUGCAUGUAAGAUGUUUUAGUGUAGAUAAUAAUGCCUUCAUUUUGUGUUUAUAGACUUGCACUUGUGUACUGGCCAUUUGGCUGAUAAACAAAUUGUUUUAUUGUCAUAGUAUUAUUAUUUUUUUAUUAGUCCUUGCAUAUGUAUGCAACAGAUGGGGCCGCUGUAUGAACUGCAGUUUCUGUACAGAAAGAAGUGCCAUAUCUAUCAGUGCUAAUGAGUUAAACAGCCUGGUAUUUGAAAAUUGUGCUGCUUGGUGAAAUGCCACCAUCACGGUUUCAUUUUUCGUGUUGCCAGUUUGAGGCCUCUCAUCCCCCCCAAAUCCCAACAAUGUUUUAUCAUGCAGCCGCCUUGAUGGUUCUUAUCAGGAGAACAAUUCUUCAAACUUCACUGCUAUCAGUCAUAGAUAAUUCAGAGACGCGUUCAUCACUUUCUCAUCAUCAGCCUCUGACAACAGCGUGUUUUCCCAAAUCGUGUCCUUGCCCUCCUGCUGCAUGAGUACUUUUGCAUAAGAAUAGGCCUAAUCCUUGUCAUUUAUUCAGUUUCAUUCACUGAAAGUAGUGAAAAAAAGCAUGUAGUUAUGCACAAUUCAGUUUAAAGACAACAUUUUUUGGCAGAGGCUUCGGUUAACUAAACUCUCCUGUUUGGACGUCUACUCACUGGUGGUAAAAAGAAUCUAAUUCAGCUUCAGUAUGUAAGUCAGCCCAGCUGUUUUUGUCCAACAUAAUAUUUUUAAUUAUUUAUUGUGUAUACACAGAACCUGUAAAUAAAUUCUACAAUGUUGAACAACAAAAAGAAAUACCUGCAUUUACAAUAUUUGUAAUAAAAAGGGUUACAAGUAGAUCUGACCUGUG